AUGACAGCAGUUCUCAAUUUUGCCGUUAGCCAGCACUACCUCGUUAUGCUCUUCCUCCGGGCCCGGUACCAGCUGCUCAAUCGUGAGCUCCGUCAAGUGAUUGACGAGUCGAUGGGACUCAGCCACAGACCGCCGCGAAGAGGAGUCUUCAUCUGCAAGUGCUGUUGCCUGGCCGACAGGGUAGAGGCGAUAGCAAGUCUCCAAGGGAAAUUGCAGUCGAUGGUCGUUAAACUUGGGCAGCUGUACGCCAUUCAGGGUAUGUUGGUCUUCUCGGGAUAUUACCUCUCCUCGGUGGGCACCGGCUACCUCGCGUACACCAUGGUCAAGCAUGGAAUCGAUGAUCUUGGCAUAACCGUCAGAGGACUAGUUCUGAUUCUUUUUUGGUGCCUUUUCUACUACAUGGAUACCUUCCUCAAUCUGUUUGUCAUGCUGUAUGUGCUGGAGGAGCACAAGGAGACGGUGCACUUGAUGGAGAAGCGAACCCUAUUCGCCUCGGGACUGGAUGUACGCCUGGAAGAAGCUUUCGAGAGCCUGCAGUUGCAGCUAGUACGGAACCCACUGCAGCUAACUGUCAUGAAUGUGUUUCCCAUCAGCCGCAGCUCUACCACUGCCAUGGUCAGCUCCAUACUGACCAACUGUAUAUUUCUUAUUCAAUAUGAUAUGGAGUACUUUUAA